ACCCCACGUAUGAGGCAACGUGCUUCCCCAGAUUAAAGGACUGCUCGGUGAAGUACAACUCUAAUUUAACACCAUCGUCCUACCUAGUCGUGCUAUUCGAUUGGUACCGACACUAAGGCCCGGGGUCGUAGUGACUGUGACUCGUACGCCAACACCACUAUGACCAAUGUGUUCCUUUUGUCUAAGACCGCUCCGAAAAUGACGGAAUAAGGCCUUCCGUACUCUGACGAUCUUGUUGACGGCGGAGUAUAAAAUAUGACAGCGGGUGCCGUAAAACGGCAGCAGAAUGUCUGUUCAUCGCACCCUUGAGGGCACGUGAGAACCCAGAAGCAAAAUGAAGUUCAUCGAUCUUCUUCUCGGGGCUACGGCGGUUGCUGCCGUCGUUGCUGCUCCUACCACUGGCGAAACAUCCGUUCACAAGAAGCGAAAGAGCAAGUUCCAAUUCACGGGUGUCAAUGAGUCAGGCGCUGAGUUUGGCAACACUGCGCUCCCUGGCCAGCUAAAUAAAGACUAUACAUGGCCAGCUCACUCCACGAUUGAUACAUUGGUGGGUAAGGGCAUGAACAUUUUCAGAGUACCGACCAUGAUGGAACGCAUUAUUCCCGGCAAGUUGACAGGUUCUUUCAACGAGACAUAUGUCGCAGGGCUGGACGAUAUCAUCAAGUACAUCACUGGAAAAGGCGCAUAUGCUAUCCUCGAUCCCCACAACUUUGGUCGUGCCUAUGGAAACAUCAUCACCGAUACUGCAGGUUUCAAGACAUGGUGGACCACUGUUGCCAAACGAUACGCCUCCAACGGCAAGGUCAUCUUUGACACGAAUAACGAGUACCAUGAUAUGGACAACACACUUGUAGCCAGCCUCAAUCAAGCAGCCAUUGAUGGUAUUCGAGCCGCAGGUGCGACUUCGCAAUACAUUUUUGUUGAAGGAAACUCCUGGAGUGGUGCUUGGCACUGGGUUUCUAGCGGUACGGCGACAGGUAUGGUCAGCCUCACAGACCCGCAGGAUAAGAUCGUGUAUGAGAUGCACCAAUACCUCGACAGCGAUGGCUCAGGCACCUCAACGAGCUGCGUCUCUACGACCAUUGGGAAGGAGCGCGUCACUGAAGCUACCGCGUGGCUAAAGGCGAACGGCAAGAAGGGCAUCAUUGGUGAAACGGCCGGCGGGGCCAAUUCACAGUGCAUCAGCGCCGUCGACGGCAUGCUGAGUUACAUGCAGGACAACUCAGAUGUCUGGACCGGCUGGCUCUGGUGGGGUGGUGGCCCGUGGUGGGGUGACUACAUCUACAGCAUGGAACCUCCGUCUGGGGUUGCUUAUACGGGAGUACUUCCGUCGAUUACGAAGUACAUCUAGGUCCGAGAUCUAUGGUCAUCACAAAGGAUGGGAAAUUCGUGGAGGUACUGUGAGGCAUGAUAUAGGGCUAUCGUGAUGGCAACACGGGUCAAAACCAGGUUUCUUUCUUUUGCGCAUCUGUUACUCU